AUGUUUGGAGCUGUUUCGAUGCAGCGUCUUGUACUUGAUUUGGCUUCACGAGUCAACCAAUUUUCAAUCAACUUUAUUUCAGUGACUGCAACGAUGAUGCUUCAUCAAACAACCAAUUCGUAUUCUAUGUACACCGAUCAUGAAAUCGAGACUCGUACUUCUCGUAUUCGUGCUGCUAUGUUUCCCGAUUGGACACCUCCAACAUCCGCAGCUGAAGCGACGAACUCGUCAUCAAGUAUCGUCGAAUUAAUGCAUAUGCCAACUCAGCAACUCAAGAAAUCUGUUAUGGAUUUGCUCACCUAUGAGGGAUCGAAUGAUAUGUCUGGAAUGUCACUUCCAGAUUUGGUAAAACUUAUGUGUGAUCAUGAUGAAUCUGUGGUUGCAAGAGCGGUUCAUCGAGCCUACAUGCUCUCAAGAGAGGAUCCUAACUUCUUCAAUACACCUGGAUUUGACCAUAGAGCGUUCAUCGAGGCGUUGAUGCAUGCUUCAAAUAGCUCCAAUGUGAACGUUCGUCGUAACGCUAUCGGAGCUCUUUCUCAUAUGUCUGAGCAACGUGGUGGGCCGCUUCUUAUCUUUAGAAGUGGAGGACUCGCAGAAAUUAUUCGGAUGCUGUAUGAUUCGUUGGAGGUACGAAACAGUAUUGAUGUUCGCUAA